GGCACCAAUCACGGAGCCGCUCACUUCGAGGCACGUUUUGAAAUUCCGCGGGGCUCAACGGCUCCGAGGGUAGCGACGUGCAGCUGGAUAGUUAGCGUUCCCGGUGGUAGCUGCGCUCGGGCCGCGCUGAGGAGCUCGGGGGUCUCGUCUCCCGGCUGACCGGGUAGGGCGUCUGCCAUGAGGAGGAGUGAGGUGCUGGCAGAGGAGUCCAUAGUGUGUCUCCAGAAAGCUCUUAAUCACCUUCGAGAAAUAUGGGAAACAAUCGGGAUUCCGGAGGACCAGCGCUUACAGAGAACCCAGGUUGUAAAGAAACACAUCGAGGAUCUCCUGGAUAUGAUGAUUGCUGAAGAGGAGAGCUUGAAGGAAAGGCUUAUCAAAAGCAUAUCCAACUGCCAAAAAGAGCUGAGCACCCUGUGCAAUGAGUUGCAUGUCGAGCCCUUUCAGGAAGAAGGAGAAACAACCAUCCUGCAACUAGAAAAAGAUUUGCGCACUCAGGUGGAAUUGAUGCGAAAACAGAAAAAGGAGAGAAAACAGGAACUGAAGCUACUUCAAGAACAAGAUCGAGAACUCUGUGAGAUUCUUUGCAUGCCCCAAUAUGAAAUAGACAGCACCAGUGUUCCCAGCGUAGAAGACUUAAACCAGUUCAGACAACACUUGGCAACUCUGAGGGAAAAAAAGGCAUCUAGGCGUGAGGAGUUUCUCAACUUGAAGAGACAGAUCAUACUAUGUAUGGAAGAAUUGGAUCACACUCCAGACACAAGCUUUGAAAGAGAUGUGGUGUGUGAAGAUGAAGAUGCCUUUUGUUUGUCUUUGGAGAAUAUUACAACACUACAGAAGCUGCUACGGCAGCUGGAAAUGAGAAAAUCACAAAAUGAAGCACUGUGUGAGAGGCUGCGUGCUCAGAUCCAAGAGCUCUGGGACAGGCUACAAAUACCUGAAGAAGAGAGGGAAGUUGUGGCCAUGAGUCAGCCUGGGUCAAACCCCAAAGUGAGGAGAGCGCUACAGUUAGAAGUAGAGCGGCUGGAAGAACUGAAAAUGCAAAACAUGAAGAAAGUAAUUGAGGCAAUUCGAGUAGAGCUGGCUCAGUUUUGGGACCUGUGUUUUUAUAGCCAGGAGCAGAGACAAGCUUUUGCUCCCUACUAUGCUGAGGACUACACCGAAAGCCUGCUGCAGCUGCACGAUGCUGAGAUUGUACAGUUAAAAAACUACUAUCAAGUUCACAAGGAGCUCUUUGAAGGUGUCCGGAAGUGGCAAGAGAACUGGAGGCUCUUCUUAGAAUUUGAGAGAAAGGCAUCAGAUCCAAGUCGAUUUACAAACCGGGGAGGAAAUCUUCUAAAAGAAGAAAAGCAACGAGCAAAACUCCAGAAAACGCUCCCUAAGCUGGAAGAGGAGCUGAAGACACGGAUUGAGAUGUGGGAACAGGAGCAAUCGACGGCGUUUCUAGUGAAUGGGCAGAAAUUCAUGGAGUAUGUGAUGGAACAGUGGGAGACUCACAGACUGGAGAAGGAGAGAGCCAAGCAGGAGAGGCAAUUGAAGAACAAGAAGCAGACAGAGACAGAGGUACUGUACGGCAGUGCUCCCCGGACCCCCAGCAAGCGGCGAGUUCUGGCUCCCAACACGCCUGGCAAAGUGCGCAAGCUGAACACUACCGUCAUGUCCAAUGCUGCAGCCAAUAGCAGCAUCCGUCCUGCCUUUGGGGGGACAGUGUUCCACUCCCCCACGUCUCGACUUCCUCCUUCUGGCAGCAAGCCAGGAGUGACUUCGACCUGUUCAGGAAAGAAAACUCCCCGUGCCAACAGAGUUGGGGCCAACAAGGAGAACGUAGAGCUUAGCGGAAGCUUUCUGAGUGGUGGGUACCCUGGCUCAGCGCCCCUCCAGCGCACCUUCAGCAUUAAUUCUGUUGCCAGCACCUAUUCUGAAUUUGCGAAGGAUCCAUUCCUCUCUGACAGCUCCACUGUUGGGCUUCAGCGAGAACUUUCAAAGGCCUCCAAAUCUGACGCUGCUUCUCGAAUCCUCAAUUCAACCAACAUCCAGCUCUGAAAGCCCUGACCAGACAGCCAGCUGCACAUAAGGAUAUGGGGGCUGGACUUUUUCUUCAGUUCAACUUAAGAAAUACCUUAAAACGUAGUUAUAGCAGUUAAGUACAAACUUCAGCAUCUGGGCUAAUCGCCUUCUCUGCUCUAUAACUGUACUUGGUGAAGCACGAUCCAGGCUUGGUGCAGCUGACUGUCGUGCAGGGAAAUGACUGCCCAGCCUUGGGCGUGGGCCGUGAGUCUGGCUUGUGUACUUAUAAUUAGCAAUUAAUGUUUUCUGAAAUCUAGGGAUGUCCAAUUAAUGCUACAGCUCUGAUAGCUUUGCUAAGACCUGUCCAGAUCACCCUGUCACACUGAGGAGCUCCGUGUGUGUCUGCAUUUGGGGUGGCCCAGCUCACCACCAAAGAGUGACAGGUGGCUGGAUUGCCUUUGUUAAAUUGUGUACCGCUUGGUAGAGUACAGUCCCUUUGUCUGAAGCAUUUCCUCAGGCCCAGUCCCCACCCUGUGCCCGUUGUGCCCAAGUCCUACCCCUGCACCUGCAGCCAGGUGUGGAGGCUGUCUCAGUGGGCAGGGCUGCUUCUGCUGUGGAGACCAGCACCUUUGCACACGUCACUACCAGGGCCCAUCCCUGCAACAGGGUCUGCCGGCCUUUGCGCUGCGCUGAGGCUCUGUACCUUUGCACACGACACUAUGGGCGUGUCCCUACAACAGCAUCUGCCCUGAGGCUCUGUACCUUGCACACGUCACUACUGGGUGCUUCACUGCAACAGCAUCUGCGCUGAGGCUUGACCUGCUCUGUCCAUCACUGUGUUCUCUCAAAGCACUAUUAUUUAUUCUUUACCUGUGACACAGCAAAAUGGUUCUCAGAAGUUACCGGUGUGGACUUGUUCUGUAGGUGUCAGACGUGCUGUUUAUAUUUUAAAAACAGGAUAUAUGUACAUGUGACUUUUUAAAAAUAAAGUCAAAUAAAUUUUGAAAACUA